GUAGCGUGAUGACGUAGGCAGUGUUGGCGUGGUGACGUACAAGGGGCCGCGCAGGUUGCGGCCUGGGGUCCGUACGUAGGUUUGGAAUUGUCGCGGGCAGCGGGGCGCUCCAGUUGCCCACUCCACUUGGUUUCUUUCUGACGUUUGCUAAGUAUUCCGUCUGUUCCGCCCGGUUGGGAAGAGGGAGGCGGAAAGGUUCUGUGGGGACAGAGCUGGGAGUCCUGAAGGAGAAAGCGUGCAGCUGGAGGGUUCUGGAGUGUCCUCUAGCCCAGCUGCAGCCGCGGAAAGGGAGCCGCUGAGAAGGGAGGGUCCUCGCAGGCGCGUUCGAACCGCGACGUCUGGGCUGCUCUCGCGGAGGGCCAGGGCGGCCGCAGGAUGCUGGGGGCCCGCUGCUUGCUCCGGGCGGUGCGCUUCUGUUCCUCCGUCCCCUGCCCCAGGCACAAACCUUCAGCCAAACUGAGCGUGCGGGACACUCUCGGGGCCCAGAACAUGAGUGGGGAACGUGUUACGGUCCAGGGAUGGGUUCGUUCUGUCCGAUCUCAGAAGGAAGUCUUGUUCCUGCAUGUAAAUGAUGGGUCAUCUUUGGAAAGCCUUCAGGUUGUUGCAGAUUCAAGCCUUGACAGUAGAGAAUUAACUUUUGGGAGUUCUGUGGAAGUCCAAGGGCAGCUGGUAAAAAGUCCAUCCAAAGGGCAAAAUGUGGAACUGAAGGCAGAAAACAUUAAAGUUAUUGGAAAUUGUGAUGCCAAGACUUUCCCCAUCAGAUACAAAGAAAGGCAUCCUCUGGAGUACCUGAGACAAUAUCCUCACUUGAGGUGUAGAACUAACAUUCUGGGAUCUAUACUGAGGAUUCGCAGUGAAGCGACAGCUGCUAUUCAUUCCUUCUUUAAGGACAGUGGCUUUGUUCAUAUUCAUACUCCAAUAAUCACAUCGAAUGACUGUGAGGGAGCUGGAGAACUUUUUCAACUUCAUGCUGCAGGCAAAAUAAAAGUACCUGAGGAGAAUUUCUUCAAUGUUCCUGCUUACUUAACUGUCUCAGGACAACUUCAUCUAGAAGUGAUGUCAGGAGCUUUUACUCAAGUGUUUACCUUUGGUCCAACCUUCCGAGCCGAAAAUUCUCAGAGCCGGAGGCACCUGGCAGAAUUUUAUAUGAUAGAAGCAGAGAUUUCUUUUGUUGACAGCCUUCAAGAUCUCAUGCAGGUUAUGGAGAAACUCUUCAAGGCUACAACAAUGAUGGUUCUCUCAAAUUGUCCUGAAGAUGUUAAACUCUGUUACAAAUUCAUAGCUCCUGGCCAAAAGGACAGAUUAGAACAUAUGCUGAAAAACAACUUUUUAAUCAUUUCUUACACUGAAGCAGUGGAGAUCUUAAAGCGAGCAUCCCAGAACUUCACCUUUACCCCAGAGUGGGGUAUUGAUCUACAAACUGAACAUGAAAAGUACCUGGUGAAGCACUGUGGCAACAUACCCGUCUUCGUCAUUAAUUAUCCAUUAGCACUCAAGCCUUUCUACAUGAGGGAUAAUGAAGAUGGCCCUCAGCACACAGUUGCUGCUGUUGAUCUUCUGGUUCCUGGAGUUGGGGAACUCUUUGGAGGAGGCCUCAGAGAAGAACGAUACCAUUUCUUAGAGGAGCGCUUAGCCAGAUCAAGACUUACAGAAGUCUACCAAUGUAUAAUAAAGGUAAAAGAGACCUUAGACAUCUUCACAUCUGUGAUGACUGCUAGUGUUCCACUGUCCGGUAUCUGGACCUUCGUCGAUUUGGAUCUGUGCCACAUGGAGGUUUUGGGAUGGGAUUUGAACGCUACCUGCAGUGCAUCUUGGGAGUUGACAAUAUCAAAGAUGUUAUUCCUUUCCCAAGGUUUCCUCAUUCAUGUCUUUUAUAGCUGAAAGGUUGGUUAAGGAAAAGCACCUCAUGGCAGAGGCACUGCACAUGAUUUCUGCAUACAUUGGAAUGCAUGUUUGGAUUUUAGAAAUGCAGAUUUCAAUAUGUAAUUGUUGUGGUGCCAUAAGAUAUCUUAGAAAAAAUAUAACUGGUUGUGAUUUUCUUAGAAAGUUGAGGCAUUUCACGUAAGGAUAAUUUCCCCCAAGAAGAAGUACUUAUAGCAAGGGGACUCUCAAAUCCUUUACCUCAAUGAAGAAGAAAUGAAGAAAUUGAAUUAGAUAGUCUCAAAGUUUCUUUUCAACUCUAAAACAGGAUGAGAUAGUGUAUUUUACUUUGUCUAUGAUCAUUAAAUCGCUUUCCUGUGUAAUUUUUGAGAACCAUCUAGUAGAUCAAAAUAAUGUUGGAUCUUUUCUCCCCUUGCCAUAUACUUUGUGAUAAAUGCUUAUCUUAUUUUCAGUGCUUUAACUGAACAUUGCAGAAAAGAAAUAUUCCUUAAGGUCUUAAUUGACUUAAUAAAGUAGCUAUUCUGAAUUGAAAUCUCCUUUCAUUGAACUGGAUGAAAAAUCACAUUUAAUAACUGUUACUUUUCAAUUAUAAAAGCUAAUGAGAUGUAUUAACUAUUUAAACUCUUUAAUCACUUGUGUUAUAAUUUGUUUAUAUUUGAUGUUUAUAAUUUCUCUAAUAAAAUACAUAUU